GUUAUCAUCAAGGUUUACUCGAACCAACACCUUUUGCGUGGAGGUCGUGAAUGUAUAAGAAUUGGGCUGUAUAUCGGAGAGAAUGUUUGAAAUGUCUCUGUUCAGCAUCACCACUCAUCUCACCCAUCUUCUCACUCAUCCCAUUAUCAAUCACUUCAAAGCCACCUUCACAAAUCACUAUCACUCCAAAUAUUCAACAUGAAGUUCCAACUUAGCACCUCUCUCAUCAUUGCCUCUGUGGCUUCCUUCGCCGCAGCUGGCCCCUUUACCAUCCGAUGGUACUCUGGCCGAGGCUGCACUGGCGCCAGCUUGGGCUGCAACAGCUACAACGCCUUCCAGUGCUGCGAGGAGCCCCCUUACCCAUCCGGCUUCCCCUCCAUGCGAGCCACGAGCGCCGGCCCUCCUGGUGUCCUCGUCUUCACUGAAGUGGCCCAGGAUGGAGGCUGCGGCUUGUGCUCUUCCACCGGAUCCAUCAACCAAUGCUACCUCAACAGCCCCUUCGAAACCGCCUUCGUGGCCUCGAUCACGCAGUGCCAGCCGCCGCACAAGCGCGGGCUCGACCGCCGCGAAAAGGUCGAGACGCUCGAGCGCUACAGCGAGUGCAACUCCACCGUCCCCCUCGACACCGCCAGCCUCAACGGCUACGACUACGACCUCACCGGCGACGACCGCCUCGAGAUCAUGCACGACAUCCUCAACAUGGACGCCCCCGACUUCGAGAAGAAGUGGGAGGGCUCGCGCAAGGGGGCUGUUUCUGCCGGCACGUCGACUACCAAGGAAUAG